AUGCCCGAAAUAGGUUCAUGCACCGAUAUAACAUGUGAUGAUGAAAUUAAAGAAUUAUAUGAAUGUCAUUAUUGUUUACGUCUUAUUUGUUUCAAACAUUUGGCUGAACAUAUUGAAAUAACAAAACAAAAUAAACGACGUUUAGAUAAUCUUCGUAUUGAUUUAAAUACAGUUAUAACGACACUUCAACUAAUUGUUGAACAAAAACUAUCAACUAUUGGACGUGAAUAA